UCCGAGGUGGGACAAAUCUGCGAGGGACGAAUCCGAGAUGGGAUGAAUCCGUAAGGGACGAAUCCGAGGUGGGACAAAUCUGCGAGGGACGAAUCCGAGAUGGGAUGAAUCCGUAAGGGACGAAUCCAAGAUGGGACGAAUCUGCAAGGGACGAAUCCGCAACGCACCACCCGGCAAAAUGCCCCCUGAACAAAAACUCACAACAUCAAAAAUGUCCCUUCUCAAAAUGUUCAACAGAGUAAAAAUAUUCAAUUCGUCGAACUCUAAAUUAAAAAUGUGAUAAUCUUGAUAAAAACGGUUAGACACGAUUCCGUGCCACCAGAUUCCGUGCGUUAUGGCCGCGCGUUGUUUUGGGCGUGUCCCCUUUUGCUUUACAUUAUAAAAUAUUUUUCAGAUAUUUUUAAUUUAAUUAAUUUAUUUAAUUAAUUAAUGGCGCAGCUUUUACAAAAAUCUGAAUUAAAUUUAAAUGACACAAAUAAUGACCAAUCUUCACUUUCUUCUUCAUCAUCACUUAAUUCAAAUGACGAUCAAAAUUCUUCUAAAAAUAGAGGAGAGGAGGAAGAUGAAGUGACCGAAAUUUCAUUGCAUGAUUUUUGUCGACAUAAAGGAGAGGAAAGGUCUGGACCUGAUCAAUUUGAAUUGUUGCGUGUUCUCGGACAGGGUUCUUUCGGGAAAGUUUUUUUGGUUAAAAAGAAUUGUGGAAUGGAUAAUGGGCAGUUAUAUGCAAUGAAAGUUUUGAAGAAGGCUACUCUUAAAGUUCGUGAUCGUCUUCGCACAAAAAUGGAACGUGACAUUCUUGCCCAAAUUAGCCAUCCAUUUAUUGUUCGUCUUCACUAUGCAUUCCAAACUGAAGGAAAGCUUUAUUUAAUUUUGGACUUUCUUCAAGGCGGGGAUCUUUUUUCUCGUUUGGCUAAAGAAGUUAUGUUUACUGAAGAGGAUGUUACUUUUUAUAUGGCUGAACUAAUUCUGGCAUUAGAACAUUUACAUUCAAUUGGAAUUGUUUAUAGAGACUUAAAACCAGAAAAUAUUUUAUUAGACUCUGCAGGUCAUAUAAGCUUAACUGAUUUUGGUUUAAGUAAAGAAUCUUUGGAUGAUAGUCAGAUGACUUAUAGUUUUUGUGGAACUAUUGAAUAUAUGGCUCCAGAGGUUGUCAAUCGUCGAGGGCAUUCAGUGGCUGCUGAUUGGUGGUCAUUAGGCGUUCUUAUGUUUGAAAUGUUGACUGGAAAUUUGCCUUUUCAAGCUAAACUUGCAAUGCCUGCUUAUCUUAGCCCUGGAGCUCAAAGUUUACUGCGUGCACUUUUCAAACGUAAUCCUUCAAACCGUUUGGGAGGUGGACCUGAUGGAAUAAAUGCAUUAAAAGGACACAAAUUUUUCAUUGGAAUUGAUUGGAAACGGCUUCUUGCUAGGAAAAUGCAACCUCCAUUUCGACCACAUUUUUCUUCAUCGUUGGAUGUAACGCAUUAUUUUGAUCAGGAAUUUACGAAGAAAACGCCUAUGGAUUCGCCAGCAAUUCCUCCGUCGGCUGCUGCUCAUGAGCUUUUUAGAGGAUUCAGCUUCGUUGCGCCAACAAUUUUUGAGGAGGAUUUAAUUAACUUUCAUGAUGAAAAUGGAAUCAAUUCUGCCUUUCCUAGCGAAUUAGAACUUCAAUUGCUCUCUGAUCGACCUGCGGACAACAUUUAUACUGCUCGUUCAACUUUUGCUAAAAAACACGCGCCAUUCAAUUUUUGUGGGGGAUAUGGACCAAUUGGUGUUAAAGGCGAUGGUGAACAUACCGAAGAACAUUUAACCGACAAAUCUUCUUAUUCUAACACGCCAACGCCAGUUCGUGUGGCUAGUCCGCUUUGUCCGGUUAAUACUUCGGCUCUCGCACAACGUCGACAGCAGCAUCGCAAAAGUUCUGAAAUGUUCUCUUUGAAUGAGUAA